AUGUCCGAAGGUUUUGACAAAAAAUCUUCACAGGAAAUAUUUUACGUUUCGGAAGAAAUAUUUGAUGGCAUUAAUAAAAUCGAUCAACUUCAUGUGAAGUAUUGUCAUUUUCAUGCACUGACUGGCAAUGAUUAUAUAAUUAUUGUAAAAUUCGUUUAAUUUUUCAUUUUGCUGCCAGGAAGAAAAGUCGAUUAUCCAAGCCUAAAUAAACGGCGAUUAAUAUACAAAUCUGUUUUGAAGUUAAUCCUUUAUGAACGGCUAGAUCUCAGUCAGGAAAAUAAAUAAAUCUUGCACUCUGCGUUCAACGAUCUCAAUCUUUCUUUUCUAUGCUUUAUCUUUGUUUUGAUCAGAGUAUUCAGGAAAAUGAAGAUGACGUUGAUAUUGGUGUUGGUCCAGCACCAGAAAUCUCAGAUCUCCUCGGUUCUGAAUAUGAACAUCUCUAUCCAAAAAUACUCUAUCUAGUCAUGGCGGAUUCCGCGUAUUGCGAAGGUACAGUAAGCUUUACCUCAAAAUUAUUAUACACUCAAAAAUAUAGAUUCUAUUUUCUCGGUCUCACAAAACGUCACAACAUGGUACAAAAUAUUCAUUUAUGGCAACUCGUAUGUCUAUGGGAUCAAUAGCAUUGAUUGAAAUUGUUAAGAUCAUUUCCAUUGCUCGUUCAAGGCUAUAGGCAAUUCCAGCCUUUAGUUUAUGCGUGCAGGGAGGGAUGGGAAGUAAAGUAUCAUUAUAUAUUGCUGAUUAUGCCGAAAAAAUAAAACACGGAGUGUAAACACGGAGUGAUAGCUUAUAUACUUUUAAAUAUUGAAAUAUUUCGGUUGUUUUGGCAGUUUUUAUCAACUGAUUUUUCAGCAUAAUCAGCAAUAUGAUACCUUACUUCCCGUCACCCCCUACACGCAUAAAUAACAACUGGAAUUGCCUAUUGAUCUGUUGAUAAAAGAUGGCUUAAGAUCUUGGAUGUCGACGUCAGCUAAAACGUCAGGGCUGAGCAGAGGACUGGGGACUAGGACGUUGUACUAAAUAAUAAACAUCCGCUUAAGAUUCACUACAAAUAUUGACAUCUAUUCGAAAACGAAUUUUAAAGAGACGCAUGAAUUCAUUACCGCUUGUUAUGCUCUUAUAUGACGGCAAAACUCCAAUCUCGUACCCAGAGCCACUCAACGAUGGCUCUGGGUACGAGAUUGGCAAAACUCUUGUUGUGAAGUUGUCGACGCGGUGGACGAUGAGCAAUUGAGAGAUACGCAUGUGCACUGAAUAUUAUUGCCAAUUUAGCCUAAUUCCGCAUGCUGCCCCAGAUAUUUGACGUUUUGUUCAUCUUGAAGCUAUGUAUUCGUUUUGGUUAGGGAAAGUUAAUUCAAUAAAUUACCAUAGUCGUUUUCACUUUCCUUAUUUUAGACAACGAUUAAAAGCGUCGACUCAAACCUUUUGGAUAAUGUUGGCAUGCAUGCUUGAUUGUGAAAGUUGCAAACAUUAACCAUAUAUUGAUCCACACAUGUCAGUACCGAUAUUCUUGUUUAGAUAUGUAUAAAAUAGUAUUUCAAUACCUGAUGUAAUCAUACCAGGAGUGCAUUGGCAGUGAUUUCAAAAUAAUGUGAUUCCAAUUCAGACGAAAAUUAGAACAAAAAAACAACUCCACUGUAAACAUAAUUCUCCUAUAAAUAAUACCCUAACGUAAUUACUAUAUGGAGAUGAAAAUGGUAUCAGAACCUGAGAACUUGGUUCUUGACAAUUUUAGGAACUUAUGCUUGAGCAAUUUUUUACACAAAUUACUAACUUCAUAAUAUAUUUACAAGUGUUUAAAUUAUUCUAUAAGUGUGAUAAUAUAUAUUAAGCAUUGAAGAUAACUUUUGUU